AAAUUAUAUUUUAAAUUAAAAAUAAAUAAAAAGAGAAAAUGCACUUGCUUAUUUUAUUAAAACUGAUUGCAUAUUUUACACUCGGACUUCAAGCCGCCGAAUGGGUGGGCAUUUAUCAUAAUGAAAAAUUUCCGGGCAAGUGCGUAAUUUCAUCGGAGCUGAUACUCAAUGAGGGUGCGAGCAUAAAGGAUCCCACGCACGAAUGCCGUCAGAUUGUGUGCGGCUACCAAGGCUCCACGAUAUUUCAAAGCUGUGGUAUUAUUAGCGGCCUUCCGACCACUUGUCGCUUUGGCUCCUAUAUCAAUAUGGAUCUGCCCUAUCCGCAUUGCUGUGAGCGUACAAUCAUCUGUUCGUGAGACUCAAUUCACAAACUAAACC